AUGGCAGGUUCAGCCUCAGCCUCAGCUUCAGGCACAGACACAGACACAAACGCAGACGAAACCAUGCGCCUUGCCAUCGCCCGCUUCCGUAGCAGAAUGGCCGCCGCAAACCAAAAGUUUCUCCAGGACCGCGUCAAUGAAAUCGAAGCAAAAGACCCCAAGACGCGCGGGAGGCGCUACGGGAUCCCGAUCCCACAGCAGGCGUCAGUCAACGACCUCAAUAUCCCUGCUGUUCUCAACGCCAUGCCAUCCUAUAAAUCGGCUGACGGCGUGCUCCCGCCCCUGCUGCACACAGAACCACAGACCGAUGACUAUCCCGCCGUGUGCCGAGCUAGCCCUGUUUUAAAGUAUGCGCAAGGGGUGGUGGACAUUGACUUCCGGCUCUCGAGCAUUGCGCCGUUCACACCAGCUUGGUCGACUGGGAUCGAGAACGAUCAACUAGACGGACUUGACGAGGGACAGAGACGCGACAAGUUGGCGGAUCCGGAGCUACUGAAAAGCGAGCAAGAGGCCUUGCAGCGGGAGUUGGAAGAUGAAUUGUCGAAUAAGUGGCUGGAGGCGUAUAUCGACGAGGACCUCGAGGUCAGGGCUGGCUUUAUCACCGGCGUUGGAUAUAACCAGCUGUACGAAUGCCCGGCGUGGUAUAGUGCGUAUGUGUACUGCCGGCUGUGGACGAAUGAUGACGAGGACAAUGGCAAGCACGAGGAUGGAGACAUCCAGGAUACUGCCAACAUCCGGGACUGGGGGUGGCGAGUGGUUGUUUUUAAGCCGAGGUUGAUAAUCCUAGCGUUCUGUACGGCCGAAAGGCGCACUUUGAUUCUAUUCCAGAAUUCUUGGAUUGGUACGCCAGCUGGCUGGACCAUCUAG